AUGCGGGGGGCGGCACCAGAGCCCGAUGUCUUCAGCUACAACGCCGGGAUCAGCGCGUGCGACAGGUGCAAGCAGUGGCAGCAGGCUCUGUCGCUGCUCGGCGAGAUGUUGGAGGCGAAGGUGGAGCCCGACGUCAUCAGCUUCAGCGCCGGGAUGAGCGCGUGCGAGAAGGGUGAGCAGUGGCAGCAGGCUCUGUCGCUGCUCGGCGAGAUGCGGGAGGCGGAGCUGGAGGUCGACGUCGUCAGCUGCGGUGCUGGAAUCAGCGCGUGCAAGAGGGGCGCGCAGUGGCAGCAGGCUCUGUCACUGCUGAGCGAGGGGCGGGAGGCGAAGUUGAAUCCUGACGUCAUCCCCGCCCGGUCUGCUACAACGCCGGCAUCAGCGCGUGCGAGAAGGGAGAGCAGUGGCAGCGAGCCCUGUCGCUGCUCCAGGAGAUGUGGAAGACGAAGCUGGAACCCGACGUCAUUUACAACUCCGGAAUCAGCGCGUGCGAGAAGAGCGGGUCGUGGCGCCAAGCGCUAUGGUUGCUGA